GUACAUGCCAGUGGGAACGAGUACCGUAAACGAGAGACAGAGAAGAGAGAGACAGAGAAGAGGGAGGGAGUUGGGGUGUUUGGACUUUUGGAUUGAGAGGAGCGAGCGACGCGGGGAAAGCGUCAAACCCCACCAAUAUUUCUUCCUUCUAUGGUCCAGCGUACCCUGAAUCAGAUCGGACGCAAACUCUUUCCGACUUCGGACACUUUCCUCACAAACAACAACCACUUUACCCUCUCUCUCCCCAAGCCUUUUGGCCUUAAUUGUCGCAGAAGGAGAAGAAGAUCCAAGCUUUUAUUAGAUGGGAGAUGAAACCUCAAGGUACACUGUUGAUGAAGCUCUUGUGGCCAUGGGGUUUGGAAAUUUCCAAAUUCUGGUGCUUGUUUAUGCUGGCAUGGGUUGGGUUUCAGAAGCAAUGGAGAUGAUGCUACUCUCUUUUUUAGGACCAGCAGUUCAGUCUGCCUGGGGGCUAUCUUCUAAUGAAGAGAGCCUAAUAACGAGCGUAGUGUUUGGCGGAAUGCUAGUUGGAGCAUAUUCAUGGGGCAUAGUCUCAGACAAGCACGGAAGAAGGAAAGGAUUCAUAAUUACGGCAACAGUGACUUCUGUAGCUGGGUUUUUUAGUGCUUUUGCUCCUAAUUAUCUAUCAUUGAUUACUCUUCGCUGUUUGGUCGGUGUUGGUCUGGGAGGCGGCCCUGUACUAUCAUCCUGGUUUCUAGAGUUCAUUCCUGCUCCAAGUAGAGGUACUUGGAUGGUUGUUUUUUCAGCAUUUUGGACAAUUGGAACGAUUCUUGAGGCUUUGCUUGCAUGGUUUGUCAUGCCAAGAUUGGGUUGGAGGUGGCUACUUGCAUUGUCGGCUCUGCCAUCAUCACUCCUCCUUAUUUUCUACCGAGUAACACCUGAAUCACCGAGGUACUUAUGCCUUAAGGGUAGGACAAGUGAUGCAGUUAGUGUUUUGGAGCAAAUAGCCAGAAUAAAUGGAACAAAACUCCCUUCUGGCAUUCUUGUUUCUGAUAACCAAAUUGAACUAGGAGAAAAGAGUAUUCCAUCAGAAGAUGCACACCUGCUAUCGCCGAGAAGAACUGAGAGUGCAACCCAGAAGGAGAUAGAUUCUAAUCUCGGAGGAAUCUCAUCACUGCUUUUGCUUCUUUCACCAAAGUUAAUUAGGUCUACCUUGCUCUUAUGGGUAGUAUUCUUUGGGAACGCUUUUUCAUAUUAUGGCAUUGUGUUGCUGACAUCUGAGCUGAACAAUGGAUAUAGUAAAUGCACACAGAAAAAUUUGCAGUCACAGAAGUCCCAUGAUGUGAACUACAGAGAUAUUUUCAUUGCGAGUUUUGCAGAGUUUCCCGGGAUCCUCAUAUCAGCCGCUAUAGUAGAUAAACUGGGUCGUAAGCUUUCGAUGUCAGCUAUGUUCUUCCUAUGUUGCAUUUUUCUGAUUCCAUUGGUAUUCCAUCAGCCCGAGGAUUUAACAACAGGCCUUCUAUUUGGAGCUCGCAUAUGCAUCACAACAACAUUCACAAUUGUGUAUAUAUAUGCUCCAGAGAUAUACCCAACCUCAGUCCGAACAACAGGUGUUGGGGUUGCAAGCUCAAUGGGAAGAAUUGGUGGAAUAAUAUGUCCUCUUGUGGCAGUGGGUUUAGUCCAGGGAUGUCAUCAAACAGUAUCCAUUGUUCUCUUUGAGAUUGUAAUUUUCUUUUCAGGGAUCUGUGUGGUUCUCUUCCCAUUUGAAACCAAGGGCCGCAAAUUGAGCGAUAGUGUAAGUAGUCCAAAAUAUAUUAAUGAAUCAGCAUGAACUGACCACAGUAAAUGGGGUUGCCCCCCUUCCUUACGCGAUGGUAUUUCAAAUAAGAGGACCAACAAAAAAGAAGAAACACCAACCUUCUCCUA